UACAUCUGGACUAAGGAAAGAAACAAUUCCAGAGCUGCGGAACGUGGGAAGACGCUGCUUGGUACCCAUAUACCUCGUGGAUCCUCGCGGGCCGUGACGUGCAGCCUUGUGUAUCAAAAGAACAUUUUUAUUCAAAGACCGCGACAUAUACAUUCUGGACCGGUGCCAUGGACUUCUCGUACUUCACGGCUGCCCCCCAACCAUAUCAAUUCUUUGGUCUACCUCAGACGCCGGGUGCCAGCCACACGCCUCAGCUUGACGAUUUCAACCCUCUAUCGUCGACCGAACAGUACGAUGCGGCCUUCGCGGCCUUCCAGCAAAACUACCACUAUGACCCAUCCACUUUCCUUGCGCAACCACAGCGGCCGGCCGUCACGCCGGGAGCCAUGUCCCCUCCCCCUCUAGAGAGACACGAAUCGAUGCUCUCGAUGCCGGAUAUGGACCUUAAGAGUCUGACGGCUGCAGUCACGACCACGGAAGUGAUGCCGGAUGAGCCGGCUUUGGGAAGAAGCAGCAGUGAAGAGAAGGAUUCGAUGACCCCACAACAGAGUCGAAGGAAGGCUCAGAACCGGGCAGCGCAACGGGCGUUUCGCGAACGAAAAGAAAGACACGUCAAAGAUCUCGAGGCCAAACUCACGAACCUGCAACACCAGAGUUUGAGUCUGAACGGCGAGAACGAGCGGCUGCGCCGGGAACUCGCCAAGGUCGCGACAGAGAAUGAAAUACUGCGCGCCACGUCGGGUUCUGCCUCGAAUGGGCCAACCCCAUUCCUCGAGGAGCCAGAUGAACUUGUCGGCCCAUUGGGCUAUGUUCCCACGGAUUUACCGGCGAAGGGCCGAUCGCCAGCGGGCACGACAACAAGUAGUAGUAGCGCGACAGGGGAGCACGGUACGUCCAAGUACGCGCAUUUCGGCACACUGAAAACGAUCACUGUGGAUGAUGAUACGGGGGAACAGCUUUUGGGCCCGGGCGCGACAUGGGAUUAUAUCCAGGCGCAUGAACUGUUUCGGAAAGGUCUUGUUGACGUGGGCGAUGUUUGUGAACGCUUGAAGAAGAUGGCUAGGUGUGAUGGGCAGGGGCCUAUCUUCUUGGAAAGUGAUGUACGGCAGGCUAUAUCGGAGAGUGCGGUCGCUGGCGGGAGGGAUGAACUUAUUUGAGACAGACUCAAUUGAGUCUCGAGUGGAUUGCUGGAUUCACAGUGUGGCACAUUUUUUUGGUUGGAUUCAGCGUUGGCGUUUAGCGUUUUGGGAUGGAUGGAGGACAUGUAUCGACGUGGUGAACGAGAACUAAGGAUCUACGGGUCG